UCAAGGUCUUGAUCGAUGACCUUUUCAUUCUCGUUUGUACACACAACACGCUACUACACAUUCCUAUUCCCAAUUCAAUUCAACAAGUUGUACGAGAAGCGUAGUGUUCAACAUGGUUGAAAGAAAUCCUGGUUGCGAACUAGAUUUAGAAUGGAUUCACGCAGUUUCCGUGAAUUUACCAGCUGUAAAAGAGAAAGCAGACAAAAUCCAACAAUGUAGGGUAUUAAAAGACGAAUAUCGUGCUGCGUGGUUGUUAAAAGCAGUCACAAUGAUCGAUUUAACUACAUUGGGCGGUGAUGAUACUGUUAGUAAUGUAACCAGAUUAUGUCACAAGGCAGCAGAACCGAUUGCUUCUGAUCUCCUGAAUGCGCUUGGUUCUGAUUACGGCAAAGACUCGCCCAUUCAUACUGGUGCAGUAUGCGUUUACCCAACAAAAGUGGCCAUAGCAAAGUCUACACUAAAAAAACUCGGAGUCAGCGGGAAAAUCAACGUCGCCGCAGUUGCCACCGGCUUUCCCAGCGGACAAUACUCAUUAAAAACCCGCCUGGAAGAGAUCCGCCAUGCUGUGGCUGAGGGAGCAGACGAAAUCGACAUCGUUAUUGAUCGCAGCCUUGUGCUCACAGGCCAAUGGAAUAUUCUAUAUCAAGAAAUUCAACAGAUGAAAGAAGCCUGUGGUGCAGACGUCCACCUCAAAGCAAUCUUAGCUACAGGAGAGUUAGCAACACUAAACAACGUGUACCAAGCUUCUCUGGUAGCCAUGAUGGCCGGCUCAGACUUUAUCAAAACCUCAACAGGGAAAGAAUCUGUUAACGCUACAUUACCAUUCGGCAUAGUUAUGGCGCGGGCCAUUCGCGACUAUUAUCAGCGAGUAGGCUAUCGAGUGGGACUAAAACCAGCCGGCGGGAUACGCACAGCCAAAGACGCGCUGGACUGGCUGGUGUUGAUCAAAGAAUUCUUAGGCGACGAAUGGCUGCAGCCGGAAUUAUUCAGAUUCGGCGCUUCCGGCCUCCUCGGCGACAUCGAAUGCAAUCUAUUUGAACUUGUCACAGGUCGCAAAUCGAAUCCGAUCUCCUUCACUGUAUAACAAAUGGCUCAUCAUUUAAUAAUUGAUUGAUUUAUAAAAUAUAUACUCUUUAUACAAA